AUGAAUUUUAAGUCUAAUAGACUAUCCAGUAUAAAUACGAACGAUAUUGUAUUAGGUAAUGGAAUUUUGACUCAACAAUUUAGUAGAUCUACACCAAAUUCACAUGCGCGCACACAAUUACCAAGAACUCCUUCCCAUAUACAAGUAAAAAAACUACCAGUUCCGCCGCGCCAUGUAUCAAGUAAAUCAAACAAUGAUAGAACAAAAUUACAAGAAUUAACGAAUAAGAAGAAUUCUACUCGAUCAAAAGCUCAUAACACUAAAAGAAGAAUUCUUCCUGAUAUCAUUAUUGUUACAACAGAAACUACGCUACAAUCAGGCUUAGAAGAGUCAAAUAAUAAAAAUCUACUGGAUCGAAAUUCAACUUUAAAUGAUAGUUCCACAUCAGAUUUGGAAACAAAUGAUAAUAUUAUCACUCCUGAUUUAAUGAAAAUUCCUGGUGAACGUUACAAAACGAUCAAUGUAGAAACUCUAGUAAAUGAAAAAGAUGAAAAACCAAUCGAAAAUCAAGAAACAGUUGAUUUAUUACAUAAGAUAAAAGAUAUCGCUAGUGCAGCACUUGUCGGACCAAUGCCAUUAUCUUUACAAGCUUGCCGUUUUGAAUUGCCAUAUGACUUAAAACUAUUAGAAAACAUGACACCACUUGAUUAUCUAAGUAAAUAUUGUCGUUUAUCAUCACGUCGACAACAUCAAUUCAAACAUAUAUUUAAUAGAUUUCGUAAUAGAUAUUAUCUUUUUGAAUCAUCCUAUUUAUAUUCAUCAAUAAUAGUAGUGCAUAAAGAAAAUUUUACACGUUCACAAUUUAAUCAACUUUGCCAAUUAAUUGAUUUAGGAAAUCAAGAAUGUGAAUUAAAAUUUGAUACGUAUGCUGGUAUAUUGGCAUUAUCCGAAAGAAUCGCAUAUUAUUCAUCAAAAUUACAUGAUGCUUAUGGUGAUUUACACACAGAAAAACAUGCAUUAGAAAAAUGUGAUUUCGAUGGUUUAGAUAGAAAACUUGACGGAUUGAAUAUUAGUGAUACUAUGAAGCGAUUGUUACAUGUACUUUAA